AUGGUAUUGGAGGACCUUGAGGAUGCCGAUGUCGAGAUCGGGGGCGACCAAUUUCAAUGGUUUUUCAAUUUCAACUACGGGAAAGCACCAUCACUAUCCCACAGCGCUAUCACGACCCCACAGCACUAUCACUACGCCAUACCGCCAUCACUACCCCACAGCACUAUCACUAUCCCACAGCGCUAUCACGACCCCACAGCACUAUCACUACGCCAUACCGCCAUCACUACCCCACAGCACUAUCACUAUCCCACAGCGCUAUCACGACCCCACAGCACUAUCACUACGCCAUACCGCCAUCACUACCCCACAGCACUAUCACUACGCCACACCGCCAUCACAACCCCACAGCAUUAUCACUAUUCCACAGCGCCAUCACUGUCCAACAGCACCAUCACUAUCCCACAGCGCCAUCACUACCCCAAAGCACUAUCACUACCCCACACCGCCAUCACAACCCCACAGCACUAUCACUACGUCACACCGCCAUCACAACCCCACAGCACUAUCACUACGACACACCGCCAUCACAACCCCACAGCACUAUCACUACGCCACACCGCCAUCACAACCCCACAGCACUAUCACUACGCCACACCGCCAUCACAACCCCACAGCACUAUCACUACCCCACAGCACUAUCACUACGCCACACCGCCAUCACAACCCCACAGCACCAUAACUACCCCACAGCGCCAUCACAACCCCACAGCACCAUCACUAUCCAACAGCACCAUCACUACCCCACCGCGCCAUCACUUCCCCACAGCACCAUCACUACCCCACAGCGCCAUCACAUCCCCACAGCGCCAUCACUAUCCAACAGCACCAUCACUACCCCACAGCGCCAUCACUACCCCACAGCACCAUCACUACCCCACAGCGCCAUCACAACCCCACAGCACCAUCACUAUCCAACAGCACCAUCACUACCCCACAGCGCCAUCACUACCCCACAGCACGAUCACUAGCCCACAGCGCCAUCACAUCCCCACAGCGCCAUCACUAUCCAACAGCACCAUUACUACCCCACAGCGCCAUCACUACCCUACAGCACUAUCACUACGCCACACCGCCAUCACAACCCCACAGCACUAUCACUACGCCACACCGCCAUUACAACCCCACAGCACUAUCACUACGACACACCGCCAUCACAACCCCACAGCACUAUCACUACGCCACACCGCCAUCACAACCCCACAGCACUAUCACUACGCCACACCGCCAUCACAACCCCACAGCACUAUCACUACGCCACACCGCCAUCACAACCCCACAGCACUAUCACUACGCCACACCGCCAUCACAACCCCACAGCACUAUCACUACGCGACAGCGCCAUCACAACCCCACAGCACUAUCACUACGCGACACCGCCAUCACAACCCCACAGCACUAUCACUACGCCACACCGCCAUCACAACCCCACAGCACUAUCACUACGCCACACCGUCAUCACAACCCCACAGCACUAUCACUACGCCACACCGCCAUCAGAACCCCACAGCACUAUCACUAUAA